AAAUUACAAACUUGGUGUCACUUUAGUAGUCGGAAUGAGUUUACUCUUCCCUCAUAUCAUAGCUUAAUUAAUUAAGCAAAUUAUGGCACCUGUUUCAGGGGUUGGAUUAAUUGUGCCGGAGACGUUGACGGAGGAUAACUACGAGCAAUGGAAGCGUUGUCUGAAGAAUUAUUUGGUCGGGCAUGACCUAUGGGGCGUUGUCUCCGGGAAAGAACCCGAGCCGGAUAAAAGAGAAGAAGAAUUACACGCCAAUUGGAAGAGGAAAAAUGCGUUGGCGUCGCAUGCCAUUCAAUUGUCGUGUGGAACGAGUAUAUAUUCCAAGUUCGACAAGGUACAUGUAUCCGCUUUGUAUGCAUGGACUCAUCUCGCGGAAAAGGCUUUGGUGCCGCGACUGCCACCUUCGUCCGAUCAUGAAGAUGAACAUCAAGUCGUAGAAAACGAGACCAAAACAUACCUCAAAUACGAAGUCCUUUACCGUGCAAUAGAAGACGGCGAUUUUCAGAAAACGAAAGCCAUGAUUGAACAAACACCGGAUGCAGUUAGAGCAAGGGUAUCAUCUCACAACGAUACAGCUCUCCACGUUGCAAUUUUAUGCGGAUACAUAGAGAUCGCCGAUUAUUUGGUAGGCAAGAUGGAGGGGCGCGACUUGGCGAUGAUCAAUGACUAUGGAGCGACUGCGCUAUCUCUUGCCGCGAUAUGUGGUGCGACCAAAUUGGCGAAGUUAAUGGUGAAUAUGAACAAUAGUUUACUGACCAUGGAAAACGAGCACGAGGAUGGCCAGCUUCCGGUGAUCGUUGCAGCUUUGUAUGGACAGAAAAAAAUGGUUCAUUAUCUCUACAACGCGACGCCAAAAUCGAAGUUGAGCUUGGAAAAUGGCGAGAAUGGAGUGAAGCUGCUCAAUUGUCUUAUUACUGCGGAAAUUUAUGAUACUGCUUCGAUGCUUCUUAAAAAGUAUCCUAGAUUGGGUAUCACGCCGGACUCUACUGGCCAUUAUGCUCUGAAAAUAUUGGCGCAAAAGCCCUCGGCAUUUCCUAGCGCGACCAAGUUUGCGCUUUGGGAGAAAUGGAUCUAUUAUUGUGUUCGAAUUCAUUCUCCUUGGGACGAUGAAAAAGGACCAUCGCCGCAUGGUGAAGACAACACCGACAAUGUGGAGCACAGAACAGUUCAUAUUCACGAACCAACUCGAGAAGAAUUUGAUAACAAUAACAUGCAAGACGAUGAGAACCCUACUUUUCGAGGUUUGUUCCAUAAAUUAGGGUGGACCAUAUUAGGAUGCUUUGUUCCGAAGAUAAAAUCAAUCCAUCAUAGAAAAUUGGUACACGACGAAUCUAUGAAACUCCUAAGUAGCAUGUUCCAGGAGCUACAAACAUUGAGCGAUAUGGAGCUUCGAAAUAUGGGCAUUGACUCAAUAAUUUACGAUGCUAUAAAGCACGGGAUUAUUGAGUUCAUAUCCGAGAUGCUAAAGUAUAAGCCGGAGGUCAUAUGGAAGAAAGAUGAAAAGGGAAGAACAAUUUUUGCACAUGCGAUUGUGCUACGACAAGAAAGUAUAUUUGGCCUCAUACAUGGCCUUGGAAUCAAGAAAAACAUAAUGGCGCGCAGACACGACGCUUUCAAAAACAAUUACUUACAUCUCGCGGCAAAAUUAUCUCCGCCUUCUCAACUAGCGCGUGUUUCUGGAGCAGCGCUGCAAAUGCAACGGGAGCUACAGUGGUUUAAGGAAGUCGAGAGCAUUGUUCAACCAAAGCUCAAAGACGAAGUAAACGAGAACAACAAAAACCCCGAAACCCUUUUCACGGACGAGCACAAGGCCCUAAUGGCCGAGGCGGAAACUUGGAUGAAAAACACCGCGGGGUCGAGCAUGAUCGUGGGAACCCUUAUUGCAGCCGUCAUGUUCACCACAGCUUUCACCGUACCCGGUGGUAAUAGAAACGACAAUGGCCAACCAACCAUGUUAGAAACUCACCCAACUCCAUUUCUCAUAUUUAUGAUCUCCAACGCGCUCUCGCUCUUCACCUCCUCGACCUCCUUGCUAAUGUUCCUCGGAAUUCUUACAGCGCGCUACGCCGAGGAAGAUUUCCUCAAGUCAUUGCCCACAAAGUUGAUUUUCGGGCUCACUUGCUUGUUCCUAUCCAUUGUUACGAUGAUGGCAUCUUUUGGGGCCGCGUUGUAUUUGAUCCUCCAUGAGAAGCUGUCUUGGAUCACUAUCCCGAUCAUUGUUCUAUCGGUCAUCCCCAUCGUUCUUUUUUCCAUGUGCCAAUUUCCGAUAUUAAUUGAGAUGAUCGCGCGCACUUACAACUCGAGGAUUUGUAAUAAUCCUAAGAAGAAUGUUCCCGUUGCUAUGCGUCUCGGUUAAUUUUUUUAGCCUAGCGAGCGAUAUGUUUUCUUCGAUGUUGUUUGUACUUUCAAUUUGUUGAAUGUUUUUGUUGAGGAUUGAUUUCGAGCGGUAUUUGAGUAAGUACCGAAGUUUGAUGUAAUGUUUUGUAUAAAAAAAAAUGAUUGUGUUAUAUGUUUGAAUUUUUUGAGAAGUAA